UUGACGUCCAGUCUUACUGGAGAUGCUCGAAUUCACUGUGUGAAUAUUAUGUGCACGUUCACUCAUAAUUGUUUACAAAAUCAUGACGUCAGUGAUAUACCAGAAGAGACUUAUCCUCUUCUCAGUAACUGCGAACUCCUUAUUAUGGACGCACUAAGACCAGAUCGAUCUUCUUCAACUCAUUUCGGGCUUCCAAGAGCACUGGACGAAGUUAGGAAAAUCCGACCAAAAAGAACACUGUUCACUGGUAUGAUGCACCUGAUGGAUCACGACAAAAUAAACGAGGAUCUCAUGAAGUUCAAGGAGACGGACAUGGAAUUGAGCUACGAUGGGCUUCGUGUUCCAGUAACUCUAUAG